AUGGCCUCCGAAAUAACCCCAAACACCUUCUCCACAACCACAGGCCCUGCGCCCAAAACGACAAUAUUCUUCAUAUCCGGGAAUCCCGGACUAAUCGGCUAUUAUCACCCUUUCCUCUCCCUUCUCGCCCAGUAUGUCACGAAAGAGACCUCAUUCCGGAUCUACGGAAGCUCCCUGGGCGGAUUCGAGAUCGGAAAAGAGUCCCCAAAGGACCUUGAUCUUGAAGACCAGAUUUGUUUCGUACAGAAAAAUCUCAAUACAUUAAUGGCUGAAAAGAACAAUGCCAAUUCCAGGGACAGUCAUGGAAAUCCCAGCAGAGAGAAGGUCAUACUGAUUGGCCACUCUGUCGGUGCAUAUAUGGCCAUGGAGAUCUUGAAUCGACACCGCGAUCAACCAUUCGAUAUCAUCGGUGGUGUCAUGUUGUUCCCGACAGUUAAGGAUAUUGCGGCGUCACCCUCGGGUCAAAAACUCACGACUCUAUUGUCGAUAAUCCCGCGUCUGGCAUUAGUAGUCAGUCUCUUUGCGCGGCUACUGACAUUCUUGCUUCCGUUAUCGGUUCUUCGAAGCGUUGUUCGAGUCGUGAUGAAUGGCCCGCCAACCCACGCGCUGGAUACUACGUGUCUGUUCCUGAAGAGCCGGGGUGGCGUGAGACAGGCCUUACAUAUGGCCGCCGAUGAAAUGCGCACUAUUACCUCGGACAAAUGGGGGGAUGAUGUCUGGGGUGCUGCGCGCGAACCUGUUGCCAAGUUGUUCUUCUACUUUGGUAGGAACGACCAUUGGGUAGCGGAGCAGACGAGGGAUGAUAUUGUUGCGCUUCGAGGCAAGGAAGGUGGUCCUACAAUGGUUGUCUGCGAAGAAGGAUUGCCACAUGCGUUUUGUCUGAAACACAGUGAUACCAUGGCGAGGAAGGUUGCUGGUAUGAUCGGGAGUAUUGUGGGCGUAUGA